AUGGCUCCGCUAGAAGAGAACUACAGCAUAGAUGAGGCUAUGGUUCCAUACUAUGGACGUCACAGUUGCAAACAGUUUAUACGUGGCAAACCAAUUCGUUGGGGGUAUAAACUGUGGGUUGGUGCUACAAGAUUAGGCUACUUGAUUUGGUUUGAUCCUUAUCAGAGAAAAUCUUCAACCAUUGCAGAAGGUUACAAACAGUUUGGUCUAGGUGGGAGUGUCCAUGGCACCUUGGUGUGGGAGUGGGAUCUUGCGGAGUUGUGCGACCUACAAGGUCGUGAUCCAACAUUGCCAUUUCAUUUAUUCUUCGACAAUUAUUUUUCCUCUAUUCCUCUACUGCAUGAACUUAGUAAUAGAGGUCUGAGAGCCACUGGAACUAUUCGUGAAAACAGAACGUCCAAGUGUCCUCUCGAGUCUAACAAAGAUUUCAAAAAUACUGAUAGAGGUUCAUUUGUAUUCAAAUCCAGUUUGACUACCAAUAUUUUGGAAGAAUCAAGGCCUUCAUUGAGCGAUCAACCAACUACACUUCCAGCAGAUGAACAGCGAACUACGACUGCUUCAAACGAGCAGCCUAGUACAUCUGCGCACGAAGAUGAUCAAACUCAAGUUUUUCAAAGUUUAUCAUCUGCUGCUACAAUAUCCCAGCAAGCUAUUCCAUCAACACCUAAAAUCAAAAAGUCUGCCUGCCUUUUUUGUGAUCAUGUUAAAAAAAAGUUGGAACAUCCAGAACCAAGAUAUUGGCAUAAAAACCGUCAAUUUCAUCACUUGGCAUUCAAUGCGAUUUCGGAAAUUAUAAAGACGGAAAUUAUUGGAAACAAUCGCGUUGUGUAUCUCACUGAUUUGUUUACUCAAUAUAAAUCAUUGCUACUGGAAUUUGCUGAAGGCCAAGUACGCGCUGAAGACAUACAAGACUAUCGUGUUGAAAACUUAGAAAAUAAAAUAAUCAAAGCUUUUGGCGAUAGAGUUACUAUUGAAUCAUCCAUGGGGACACCGAAAAAGAAAAUUGUAUAUCAGUAUGAUAUGGACACGUCACGAUUAGCUGGUGAAAUAGCAAAAUUAGAAUCUACUAAAAAGAAUCGAUUCAGAGAUGUCGCUUACGAAUUGUGCAAUUGUAUCACAUCUCUGGAAAGUACGAAGCUGCCAGAUAAUCUAACUCCAAAGGAUGUCAUUCUCGGAGAGUGCAAUAUUCCAGAACAACUUUUUAAUUUCGUGUGUGACUUAGUUCAAGGACCAGAUACUCGUCGUAAAAAUUCAGCUGAAGAAAUUGAAACUGAGAUGACGUAUAGUUCCCAAAACGAAAACAAUGCGAUACCGGCCGGUAUUAGCAGAGUUGAUGGGCUAAGCACGCACGUAGCUUUCGAUAACUUUGACCGUUUCGUCGAUACAGCCACUGGGAAAGACACUUUGAACGAUACAGUUGGUAUCAUUUAUCAAUUUCGCAGCGAAAAUGAUGACCCUGAUAAUAUGGACAAUUCAGAUACUUCUGAUUCAGAAUCCCUAAGCGCAUAUGUCCAUGAAGGUCCCACGGAGCCUCUUGCAAGAGCUCGUAAGAGACGGCGUUUUGAAGCACCUUCGAAGGAAAUUCGUCCCUUUGUCAAGACACCAUUUACAAGUAUGACGUUUCUGCCUUUUCAAACAAUUACUGAAACAAUCGAUGCGUGUCAUUCAGAUAAAUCAAUCGCAAUUGAUAAGGAUUUGGUUUGGAGUAUGUCUUUAUCUCAAAUUGAUUCGGUACCCAUGUGGUUAGGUUAUAACUGCAAAAUUGGCAUUGAUGAGAGUAAAAUUCAGACAGUCGAGUACUUAUCACGAAUUAAUGAAUCUCCUACAUCGCUAGCUGUUGUUCAAGAAACUCUUAACAUUGCAAAGGAAAUUGCUAAGAAUUGUAACCAACAACAGAUCAUAGCUACUUACGAUUUAGCAAUAGCCAAAUUAGCUAUGCAGAUUCAACAUACUAAAAAGCCAGAAUUUGACGAUAUAUUCAUUAAUUUAGGCGCAUUCCAUACCCAAAUGGCUUUCUUUAAAGCAAUUGGAAAGUAUAUUGAUUCCAGUGGAUUAGUAGAGAUUUUGGUUGAAGCAGAGUUGAGCAAUUUCUGA